GCGCUGCGGACGGGUGCGCCGAGCCCCAGCCUCGGGGUGCGCCCAGUGGUCGCCCUCAGCGGCGCCUCUCCUUCGUGGCGGCGAACAUGUUCUCAGUGAGGGUCGUGACCGCCGAUUACUACAUGAGCAGCCCGCUCCCCGGCCUCGACCCCUGCCAGUCCUCCUUUAGGGAGGCCCCCGUGAAGAAGGUGCCCGUGGUGAGAGUCUUCGGUGCCACUCCAUCGGGUCAGAAGACUUGUCUCCAUUUACAUGGUAUUUUCCCUUACUUGUAUGUGCCAUACGAUGGUUAUGGACAUUUGCCAGAUAAUUAUCUGCGUAGUUUGGCAUUCAGCAUUGACCGGGCACUCAAUGUCACUUUAGGAAAUCCAUCUUCUUCUGUUCAGCAUGUGUUUAAGGUGUCACUAGUAUAUGGAAUGCCUUUUUAUGGAUAUCAUGAAAAAGAAAGGCAAUUUAUGAAGAUCUAUCUUUACAAUCCUGCUAUGGUAAAAAGAGUAUGCGAGCUUCUACAAGGUGGCGCUAUAAUGAAUAAAAUUUACCAACCUCAUGAAGCUCAUAUUCCCUACCUCCUUCAGCUCUUUAUAGAUUAUAACUUAUAUGGAAUGAACUUAAUCAAUCUGGCUGCAGUCAAGUUUAGAAAAAUAAAGAAAAAAGGUGAUGCAUUUGAAGAAAUUGCAAGUUGCGGAGAUAAUUGGACAAAAUCUGCUACCAGACCCCAUCAGUGGGAAGAUAAUCAGAUUCCUAGCUCUUUGAUAUUGGAAGGUAUAGAGCCACAGAGUACCUGUGAAUUGGAAGUGGAUGCAGUAGCUGCUGAUAUUUUAAAUAGAUUGGAUAUUGAAGCCCAGAUUGGUCAGAAUCCAGGGUUACAAGCAAUAUGGGAGGAUGAGAAACAGCGUCGUCGGCAGAACAAAGAGUCAUCCCAAAUUACUCCUCCUAACUCACAAGAUCGUGGAUUUGUGGCCCCAACAGAAAGUGAAAGAAUCUUUCAGAAGAGACUUAAAGAAAUACUCAAACAAAGUGAUUUUUCUGUGACAUCUGGCUCAAUAGACAGCAAUAAUGAAUCUCAAGAAUUCUCUGCUGAAUUGACAUUACAUUCUGAGAUACCUAAAAUUGUUUCAUGCUCACCAGCAAAUAUGAUAGAAGUACACAGUGAUAAGGAACUGCACAGAGAAGAUUCCGAAAGCAAAUACAAAGAGGAUGCACUUAUAAAUGAAGAAGCCAUUUUGAAUAUAAUGGAAAAUAGUCAAUAUUUCCAACCCGUAUCUCAGAGAUUUAUGAAUAACAGUGCUGAUCAAGCCAUGAUAGAUCUUUUAGCUGAAUUGGAGGAUGAUGGGUAUGAGAUUGUACAACAAAAUGCAUCAUCACAGCAUUAUUCUUCUGGACACCAUAGAAAUCUUCAGAACAGUGAUGAUGAAGAAAAUGAGCCACAGAUUGAAAAAGAAGAAAUGGAGCUCAGUUUGCUAAUGUCCCAACAAUGGGACAGCAGCUCAAAUGAUGAUGCAAAGAGAAGGUCAAUGGGCAGAAGUAGAAAUCAAAGUUCAGGUGAAGAUGAUAGUUCUUCUGAAGAUGAUAUGGACUGGAAUGAUAAUGUGCUUCUAGCAAGCCUUUCUAUACCUCAAUUAGAUGGAACUGCAGAUGAAAAUGGUGACAAUCCUUUGAACAAUGAAGGUUCUCGGACCCACACCUCUGCAAUUGCAACAAGUAAAACUGUAAAGACUACAAUUUUUCAUAAAGAUGCUGCUACUCUGGAACCCCCAUCAUCUGCCAAAAUAACUUUUCAAUGUAAACACACAAGUGCCCUUUCUUCUCAUGUUUUGAAUACUGAUGACUUAGAAGGUCUUACUCAACCAAGCAUGAUAGAUAUAAGACCUGACUUAUCAAUCCAUUCUCUUUCAAAUGAAAGUAUUUACAACAUGAAAUACCCAGCAUCCUUCAACAAUAUCCUUCAUUCUGAAAAGCCACAUCAGGAAAAUAAUAAAAGUGAAAAAGGCCCUGUUUUGUGUGAAGACAUCUCUUCUGUAAACAGACACUUGCCUAGCAGAAAGUAUGCUGGAAUUAGAAAGGUUGCAAAGGAUGUAUCUCAGCAUAUGAACCACCAAAUUAGUGAAAAUAUUCUAACAAAGAAGUCUAACUUUGUAGAUUUAGUUUAUUCCAAAAAUAAAACAUCUUCUGAAAUAAAUAUAAAAGCAAACACCACCGAUUUAAAUAGCCUUUUCCCAGCACCAGAAAACUGUGAAACUAUGUCUUGCUCAGAGACUCAGACUCUUAUUCUUUCUUCUGAAAAAAGCACUGACGGAGAUAGCCUUAAUAACUUUAAACUUAGAUACGAAGAAUUUGAGGAACACAAGACUGAAAAAACAAAUGUAAAUCAACAGGCAGCACACUAUAUGUUCUUUCCUAGUGUAGUUCUUUCUAAUUGCCUCAAUCAGCCGCAGAAAUUGGGCCCUGUGACAUACAAACUACAACACUGCAAAAAACAGUCUAAGCUAAAACGAAGUAAAAAGAAAAUGGUUCUUAGCAAUCAGCAGUCUUCAAGUGCCAUGGAUACUUUAUCUACAAAAGAAAGCUGCUAUGUACAAGAUAAUGCAAGUAGCAAUAUUUCUGAUAGAGACAUUUUGUUACCCAAUGAUACUCAAAUUCAUCAUACGGUUUUUGAAAACAAAAUGUCCAAAGACACUAGGAACUAUACUGAUUGUCAUUUUGAAGAUUUUGCUCAAGAAUCUGAGCAAACAUUUGGGCUGUGUAGUAAUAAAUAUACACUCCGAGCUAAACGUAAAAUAAAUUAUGAAACUGAAGACAGUGAAUCUAGUUUGGGCAUACAUAAUUCAAAAAUCAUGCUACCUCAUUCUACUGUAGAAAAUGAUGAAGAUGUUGAUGGUUCUAAAAAAUUUAGAAAACGAAGGCGGCUUUCUAGAAAAUUGCCACCUGUUAUUAUAAAAUAUAUUAUUAUUAAUAGGUUCAGGGGGCGGAAAAAUAUGCUUGUUAAGUUGGGGAAAAUAGAUUCUAGUGAGGAACAAGUGUUACUUACUGAAGAGAGAAUGAAUCUAUAUAAGAAGCUUGCACCUUUGAAGGACUUCUGGCCAAAAGUUCCUGAUUCACCUGCAACCAAAUAUCCUAUUUAUCCAUUAACACCAAAGAAAAGUAACAAAAGAAAAGCAAAAUGUAAGUCCACCAAGAAAAGGCUGGGUGGGAACCCACAAAAUAUAAAAAGUAAAACUAUUAGAAGAACCCUGUAUUUCAGAAAAAGGACUCAUGCCUUUCUUUCCGCUCCUCUGCCAUCAUACAAUGCUGAAACUGAAGAUUGUGACUUGAAUUAUAGUGAUGUUAUGUCUAAAUUAGGUUUUCUGUCAGAAAGAAGUGCAAGUCCAGUUAAUGUAUCCCCACCCCGGUGCUGGUCUCCCACUGAUCCAAAUGCUGAAGAAAUUGCGUGUAAUCUAGAAAAAGAAACAUUAGUGUUUAAAAAUACUAAUACGUUCAGCAGUAAAACUGUUAAUUCCAAUGUAGGAAAACACGUUCAGUCAAAAACUCAGGUUAAAAAAUGUAGAAAGCAAUUUGCUAAUGCUACUAUAAGAAGCAAAAAAAGCAAUCAGUCUAAUAAACCUAGAAAUAAUUUGAAGAAAAAGCCAAGAUCAAAACAAAAACAAAAAUUUAAAAAAGUUUCAACAUUGGUGACAGUUGCAGAUGGUCAAAAUAGUAUUCCUCCUGUAACAGAACGUAAACCUACACCACACCCCUGGGAUUUACCUGAGAAUGUUCACAACCUAGGAAAUUCACAACCAUUUACAAAAGAGCUUGCAUCCACUAGCUGUACUACAGGACAUCCAUCUUCAGCACAGCUUUCAUUAACAGCUAAUGCCCAAGUAAAUCCAUUGAUUUAUUUCCAGUCAUUGUUGGAAAAUGAAAAGCCUAUUGGACACCAAGGUUUCAGUUUGACAGAGGAUCUUCAUCCAGACAUAGCUUCUCUGAUAUCUGGAAGGGAAAAAGCCAAAAUAAAUUUCCAAAGAUCUAACAGUCAGAGUGGUAUAUUUAGGAUGGAAGAAUCCUCAGUUCAAAAUAAUGUAUAUGACCAGUGUAACUGUAUAUCUCAGGUAGCACUGAAGGCUUAUAGUUCUAAGGAUGCACUUAAAAAGACAGAAGAAGUUACAAAUUCACAAAACAAACUUUUAUCCUCUGUGGGAAAAGUAAAUGAAAACUGUAUUUCUUCUGAUGUGAUCAAUACUGAUCAGAUUCAUCCUGGUAACCUCCUGCAUUGUAAAGAUAAUCAGCAGCAAAUAGUUCAUUUGUCAGAAGCAACAAAGCAGGCUGAUCAUAUUUCUUCUUUUUUAAAAACUUCUGGGGAAAGCCAUGGAUCUUUUCAGUUACCAAAAAAAUGCUUUAUAGCUUCUUUAAGAAGUCCGAUGAACAAAUUAGAAUGGGAACAGAAACAGAAGGGAUUUAUUUUGGAUGUGGCACAUUUUAGCCCUGAAAAAAAUACAAAACAAAAAGUAGUGUCGGAAACAAUAUCUCAAGCCCAAACAGAUUCUCAAUGUAAGAGCAAGGGUCUGGUAACUCCUUCAGCAUUCAAUGAAGGGCAAUCUGGCUUAGCAGUUCUGAAAGAAUUGCUCCAAAAGAGACAACAGAAAAUGCAUAUGAACAACAUUCAUGAACAAGCAUCAGUUAAAUCUCAGUCAAACAUAGAUGCAUCCUUGUUUGCUGAUUCAAAUAAACCAGCAAAAAAACCUGGUUCUGUUGCAUCCUCAAGAAAGCCUCGUAUUCCCAGGGAUAAAAAAUCUAAAGAAAAGGUGGUAAAGCUUUUAAAAGACUCAGCCAAACAACUAAGUAAUAAAACUGGCCAUGUUACACUUACUGAUACUUCUAUUCUUUAUUCAGAUGCAGGUUUUGAAAGCUGUUACUCACUUGAAGAUAGUCUGUCACCUGAUCAUAAUUACAAUUUUGAUAUUAAUGCUAUAGGGCAGACUGGAUUUUGUAGUUUGUAUUCUGCAAGUCAGUUUGUCCCAGCAGAUCAAAAUUUACCACAGAAGUUUCUGAGUGAUGUAGCUCAGGACCAUUAUCCAGGUCAAACAGCAGAAACUGAAUUUUUGAAUCAUAAUAAAGUAUCAAAGGAAGAAAAUAUGCAUAAUACAGAUACUCAAUCUUGGUUAAGAUCUGGCCAACAUAGUCCUCAACGUUUUGAUAAAAGAUGUCUGGAAAACAAUGAAAAUCUUCUCCACAAUCAGUGGAAAACCAUUCUUCCAUCUACGUCUCAACCUGGUUCACCAGCAGUUGGUCAGCAGGCUGAAAUGUGUCAUAAAGAACAACUUCAGUUGGAUAGAAAUAUAAUGAAGAAAGCAAUUUUUCUUAAUCUUUCAUCUCCAAAUGGUGAUUGGAGUCAAAAUCCCUUUAGAAAGGAAGUCAUUUCUGAAUCUGGGCAAUUGCUUGAUUCAGCUGGUAUUUCUUUUUCUUCUAUUUUAUCUUCCCCCGAUGGUGAACUUAUGGAUGCUGCUUCUGAAGAUUUAGAGUUGUAUAUUUCAAGAAACAAUGAGGGAUUAACACCAACCCCUGACAGUUCACCUAGAUCUACAAGCUCUCCAUCACAGUCAAAAAAUGGGAGCUCUACAGUUCGUGCUGCUCACAUCCUUAAACCUCUAAUGUCACCUCCCAGUCGUGAAGAAAUCAUGUCAACUUUAUUAGAUCAUGAUCUGGCAGAAACAAUUUAUCAAGAACCUUUUUGCAGCAACCCCUCUGAUGUACCUGAAAAGCCAAGAGAGAUUGGAGGACGAGUACUUACAGUAGAAUCUAGACUUCCAAAUGAUCUACUUGAAUUUGAAGGAGAUUUCUCUUUGGAGGGACUACAACUCUGGAAGACUGCAUUUUUGGCAAUGGCACAGAGUCCUAGGCCAGGUUCUCCCCUUCGAAAUAGCCAAUUUUCUACUGAUAAAAAACAAAGGAACACCCGUAAAAUUAAUGACAAAAAGAUAGUGAUCAUGCCUUGCAAAUGUGCACCAAGCUAUCAGCAAAUUCAGUCAUGGCUUCAAGCCAAAGAAGAUUACGAAUAUUUUAAAAAAAGAGCUGUCAUCAAAUCAAUUGAAAUAGAAAAGAUUGAUGAGAGUUUGAACAAUAUGUCUUUGCCUAAGAAUCUGUGUGAUCAGAUAGUCAAGGUUGCUGUGAGUUCUGGUACACCAAGCAAACCUGCUGUACAAUCAGAAGAUCUGUGCUUUUCAUCUUCAAAUCCCACAUCACCUCAAACUAUGGAAAAGUUUGGUGUAAAUGUCUCUGAAAUGAGUAAGUCUACUGUUAAAGUAAAGACAAUGCCACUUGUCCCUGCAGCAAUAGAUAAGGAUAAAAAAGAGGAAGAUUGUACCAAUUACAGUUCUCCUGAUUCACCAGGACUUCCUCCCUGGCAACAAGUUGUACCCACUGAUUCUAAGCAAUCUAAUUUAGAAGACUCAGAGGGUAUAUUGUCUUCUCUAGAAGAAAAUAAAUCUGUAGCUGAGAAAGAACAGAAAUCUGUCAAAAAGGAAAGCAAAAUACCAUUUUGUGUCUCCCCAUUGAGCAAAGAACCAGAUGGCAAUUCUGAUAUUUGCUUUCAUAGUACACCUAUCAGGGAACAUAUGUCUAAAGAAGAAGCACUUGGAUGUACUCCGUUAUCAGCCAUAGGACGAGAUAUUCAAAAAUUUAGUUCUAGACGAGGAAGAAAUGUUGAUGCACUUCGUAAAGUACUUUUAACAACACAAAUUAAAAACCAGUUCACUACUAUAAAUACUCAAAAGAAAGAAACUUCUCAGAUUGAAGGACCGUCUUUGAACAAUUCUUAUGGUUUUAAAAUAAGUGUACAAAACCUGCAAGAAGCAAAGGCUUUACAUGAGGUACAGUAUCUUACACUGCUAAGUAUGGAAUUGCAUGCUCGAACCAGAAGAGAUUUGGAGGCGGAUCCUGAAUUUGAUCCUAUCUGUGCUUUAUUCUACUGCAUCUCAUCUGACACACCAUUGCCAGAUACUGAGAAAAUGGAAAUCACUGGUGCUAUAGUGAUUGAUAAAGACAGAGCAAGAACUAUCUCAAGCCAAGGUAAUAGAGAACAUGCCCCUUUGCUUGCAAGAUCUGGUAUCUCAGGGUUGGAAGUCACAUAUGCUACUGAUGAGAGAGCACUUUUCCAGGAGGUAGUGAAUAUUGUUAAAAGGUAUGAUCCAGAUAUUAUGUUAGGCUAUGAAGUCCAAAUGCAUUCUUGGGGAUACCUCUUACAGAGAGCUGCUGCUCUGGAUGUUGAUUUAUGUCAGAUGAUCUCUCGUGUUCCAGACGAUAAGAAAGAGAACAGAUUUGCUUCAGAUCUAGAUGAAUAUGGAGCAGAUACAAUGAGUGAAAUAAACAUUGUUGGAAGAGUUAUAUUAAAUAUCUGGAGAAUUAUGAGACAUGAGGUGGCUUUGACCAACUAUACAUUUGAAAAUGUGAGCUUUCAUAUACUUCAUCAGCGUUUCCCACUCUUCACUUCUCGAGUUCUGUCUGAUUGGUUUGACAACAAGGCAGACAUCUAUCGGUGGAAAAUCGUAGAUUAUUAUAUUAGUCGUGUUCGUGGGAAUAUACAGCUAUUAGAACAAGUGGAUUUGAUUGGCAGAACAAGUGAAAUGGCAAGGCUGUUUGGAAUUCAGUUCUUGCAUGUAUUGACAAGAGGAUCACAGUAUCGUGUGGAAUCAAUGAUGCUACGAAUUGCCAAACCAAUGAAUUACAUUGCUGUGACACCUGGCGUUCAACAGCGAGCUCAAAUGAGAGCCCCUCAAUGCAUUCCUUUAAUAAUGGAGCCAGAAUCUCGUUUCUACAGUAAUACUGUCCUUGUGCUAGAUUUUCAGUCUCUAUACCCAUCCAUAGUGAUAGCAUACAAUUACUGCUUUUCCACAUGCUUGGGACAUAUUGAAAACUUGGGGAAAAAUGAUGAAUUUAAAUUUGGAUGCACAUCUCUGAAAGUGUCUCCUGAUCUACUAUACCAGCUUCGACAUGAUAUCACAAUCUCACCCAGUGGAAUAGCUUUUGUUAAGCCUUCUGUAAGAAAGGGUGUACUGCCAAAAAUGCUGGAAGAAAUUUUAAAGACUAGAAUAAUGGUGAAGCAAUCAAUGAAAGCUUACAAGCUUGACAAAACUAUCACUCGAAUGCUUGACGCACGUCAGCUUGGCCUUAAACUUAUAGCAAAUGUCACUUUUGGUUAUACUGCUGCUAAUUUUUCUGGAAGGAUGCCAUGUAGUGAAAUUGCUGAUAGUAUUGUGCACAAAGCCAGAGAGACCUUGGAACGUGCAAUAAAAUUAGUGAAUGAUACAAAGAAAUGGGGAGCACGGGUUGUAUAUGGGGACACAGACAGCAUGUUUGUACUACUGAAAGGAGCUACCAAGGAACAGUCAUUUAAAAUUGGUCAAGAAAUUGCUGAAGCGGUAACAGCUACCAAUCCCAAACCAGUCAAAUUGAAGUUUGAAAAGAAAGAUGCUUGCUUAUGACCGACGGUCUGAACCACGUGUUGGUGAAAGAGUUCCAUAUGUCAUUGUUUAUGGCAUGCCAGGAUUGCCUCUCAUACAGUUGGUUAGACGGCCCAUUGAUGUUUUGCAAGACCCAAAUCUGAGGCUGAAUGCAACCUACUAUAUAACGAAGCAGAUUCUUCCUCCCCUGGCUAGGAUCUUAUCUCUCAUUGGCAUAGAUGUUUUCGGUUGGUAUAAUGAAUUACCAAGGAUCCAGAAAGUGUCCACAAUUUCUCGCACUGAGCAAGAAUGCCGAAAAGGAACAAUUUCCCAAUAUUUCACUACCCUACAUUGCCCUGUGUGUGAUGAAUUGACACAGCAUGGAAUCUGCAAUAAAUGUAGGAGCCAACCACAGCAUGUUAUUGUGAUGCUAAAUCAGGAAAUCAGAGAGUUGGAGCGUAAACAUGAACAAAUAACCAAGAUAUGCAAGAAUUGUACAAGUUGCUUUGAUCGACAGAUACCAUGUGUUUCAUUGAACUGUCCGGUGCUUUUCAAAGUCUCCAGAGUGAGCCGAGAAUUAUCUAAGGCACCAUAUCUUCGUCAACUACUUGAUCAGUUUUAGAUUGCCUAAUGUCACAGGAUUCCAGGUGCUAUUUUUGUUUUCAAUGUUUACCACUCUAAAACUGUCCUGCAUGGUCCUUCAAUUUCAUCUUGUCCAGGAUUUUCAUACAUUGUUGACGUGUUCUAAAAAUAAUGAAUGUUUGUUCUAAGUAAAUUAAAAAUACAUUUGAUAAUCUGUUAAUAAUUCAUUUUUAAUGAUGCCAUUCUUUUGCCUUUUUAACAUUGUUUAUAAUACAAAUGUUGAAAUAACCGUGUUAACAUCUUGUAAACCCAUUUCAGAAUUUAAAAAAAUUCCCUGUGGAUUUCUGUAGUAAUACUGAAAAUCUUUGGGAAACUGCUAUUGUGUUUUAUUGAACUAUCAGGAUGUGCGUUACUGGUAUCUCAUCAACUUUAAAUUUUGACUGCAAAAUAUUUUGUAAAUACACUUUUUUACUUUUCAAAUAACUGACUAAAAUAAUGUGCAAUGGAUUUUAUACAAUUUUAAAGUUGAUUGGGAUAUUUCUUCAUUUUGCUUGAUUCCAAGUAGAUUUGUUGUUUUGAUGAAACUGCAAACAGUAGUAAGUGUAGCAUUUUUGAAACAUUUUCUAAAAUCACUGUCUUGCUUUGGCUAUUAAUGGGGGCAUUGUGAGGAACUGUGCAAAGACAUUUUUGUUAUAAACUGUGGGAUUGUUGCAAUACUUUAAAUAAAAAAUCCAUUUUUGCUUUUGUAUAGACAUUUCUAUUGCUUCUAAAUAUGCUUAAAUAUUUCAUUAUGUACUGUACAGUUAAAAUUUAUUUGCCAUCAUAAAGAAAUGUGUAUUUAGAAUAUUUGUAAAACUGUAUAAAAUAAGAAAUUAUGUGGUCACAGUACAUUUUUUUAAUUGGAAAUCAUUUUGUUUUUAAAAAUUAUUGCAACCAUAGUAAAUUUAAUAAAAUCAAAUAAAUGUGCAUUUUUAAAUCUCAUUGUAGUUGAACUGGAAUGUUUUAAACAAUGUUACUAAAUUGACAUGGAUUAGAGUUCUCUUUAAUGAGCAGAAAUUGCUCAGUGUUGCUAUUCAAAAAGCCUAUAAUUAAUAUAUAAAAUACCAAAGAGUAUUUUGAUCUUCUUCUGAAUUUUACUGAAGAAUUUACUGAAGGAAUAUGGCCCUUGAAAAUAUGAGCUGGCAAAUGCUAUAGCCUACUGAUCUUUGGAGGAGACAAAUGGCCACAGAAAUAGCCAGAUGAUUCAAGCAACUAUACAGUGAAUAUAAAAUCUCAUGAAUUGCACCAUAGAAUUCUGUCAAUAAUUGUGUUUAUAUGAUUGGGGGGGGGGAUAUUAGUAUCACAUUUUUCCAACAUAUUUUUAAAGCAAAAAAUCAUUAUAAAAUUUUUAUAGUGUUUAUCCCAAACUAAUCAGUCCAAGUGUCUUAUGAAAUAAAUAGCUUUUUAAGUGGUUUUUUAAGGUCAAGAGGAUUGAGACACACUAUACACCAGGAAAGCAAUGUAUUUCAGUUAUGGGGGCAUACAUAGAUAAUAUCUAGCUUGUAGGAAAGGGGAUGGGAGGGUCCCCAGCUCAUGAUAUUAGGGCUUGGGGCUUAUUUAUGCAAUUGGUCAGGAAAGUUAGUCCCAAAAGUAUCCUGGAGUGACUGUAGGAUUGAAUUGGAUCUAGAACCAAACCACCAGUCAGUACAGCAAAUGUAGCAAAGUUGUCAAUACUGUUAAAGUGGACCUACCAGUAGGUAGACAAGUUUCAUAAUAUGGACUCAUUACAACUUCAUGAUUGUUCCAAAAGCUGCCCCGUGUAAAGUGUGCUACCUCUGAUGUGAUGAAUGCCUCAGUCACUUUUGUCAAGACCUCCCAAUAAAAAAGGGCUUGAAAUGACACCAGCAAAAACUGGUCAUGGUCUCCACCUGAUGCUAUCUGUCAUCUAACAAUGGUGCCUUCCCCAAUCAACAGCUUCAUUUAAAUGUUAACAGGGAAGAAAGCUGAACCCUGUGAAACAACCCCAGAUGCAACCAUUUAUUCCCAUUGCACAAGCAGGAAUCAAUCCAUGCUUAGUUCACAAGUGUUAUGGCAAAGAAGAAUGCUAUUAGAAAUAAAUUCCUAAAGAGACAAGCACUCAUUGCUUUUCCUUUUGGUGAACUCCAUGGUCAACACAUUCAGUAUCAUACUUAUAUUGUACCAUCUAAAACUUCUCCAGGCUUCAAGCAAAACAUGAAUAUUUGUUACUAUCUGUAUAGUAAUUAGUGUCUAAGCUUUGUCCUUGUAACUGUCUGUUCAUCGUGCACCAACUAUUCAAUUAUUACUUGCAGUCUUUCUCAGGGGCUUCCUGA